CAACUCUCUUCCGGUGACCGGGAACUCCUGCGCCAUCUUCUCACUGUUCCUACGAACCCUUGCUCGGUGCUCUUACAUCAGCUCACGUGGUGUAAUCCUCAGACAAAUACUCGUCUGUCUGCCGAAUCAUCACAAGCCCGAGUGAAUCCAAUACAUCCCAAUGGCGUCCCUCACAUUAGUUGUUGAGCCCCGGGGCAAACCCAUCAAGAAGCUCCCCAAGCAAGUCCAGGUUUCCUCCAAUGCCUCGACCGCCGAAAUCUACAACAAGCUCGCAGAAGCCUCGGGGUUCUCCAUCCACCGUCUCAGAAUCACCAAGGGCAGCGACCGCACCGUAGUCCCCAACUCCAAGGCCUCAACCGUUGACGGAACCGGUCUGAAGGAAAAGAGCGUCCUGCACGUCAAAGAUCUAGGCCCCCAACUCGGAUGGCGCACCGUCUACAUCAUCGAAUACCUCGGACCACUCUUCAUCCCAGCACUCUUCCUCUUCCCGCUCCGACCCUAUGUCUACUUCAACUUCGACCAGCCCCUCCCCGAACCAUCCUUCUUCCAGCUCCUGGUCUGCGCCCUGCUCACAAUCCACUUUAUUAAACGCGAAUACGAAACCAUCUUCGUCCACCGGUUCAGCAAUGCCACCAUGCCCGCCCGCAACAUCAUCAAGAACAGCGGCCACUACUGGGUCCUAGCCGGCCUGAACAUCGCCUACUGGGUCUUCCGUCCCGACUCCCCCGCCGCCACCACCCAGGACGCCUUCCUCCUCUACAGCGGCCUGGCCCUGUUCAUCUUCGGCGAGCUCGCCAACCUAAACGCCCACAUGAUCCUCCGCGAUCUCCGUCGUCCCGGUACCACGGAGCGAGGCAUUCCCUCCGGCUUCGGAUUCAAGGCCGUCACCUGCCCCAACUACUUCUUUGAGGUCGUCAGCUGGGUCGGCGUCUACCUGCUGAGCGGAAUGAGCUGGAGUGUGCUCUUCUUCAUUGUCGUCGGAACCGCCCAGAUGGCCAUCUGGGCUAAGAAGAAGGAGCGUCGUUACCGUAAGGAAUUCGGCGACAAGUACAAGCGUAAGCGCUUCGUUAUCCUGCCCGGUCUGUACUAGACCACUAGCCAGUUUCUAGCAGCAUAGGUAGUAGUGAAGCAGUUAUGCGGGAUGCGGCGCAUCCUGCAUAUGUGUCUUGGCAAGUGGUGGCCAAGUAGAUACCACGGGGACCUUGCAUCAGCCUCAUAAGUCUGGAGGUGAGAGAGAGGUCGGUGGUAUUACGGUGGAUUCUCUCUGCAUGACGGUUGUUCUUCCCAUGUAACCUAUUACUAUCAUAGAUUAUAGUUUGGUUGUAGUUUCACGAGCGGCAUGCGCAGGUUUCUUACCCCGGGAAUAAUAAUUAUUUACAAAAUCAAGGCAAUGAAAUAAUGGGAU